ACAAAGAAACUGCAACACAGACAUUAACUCAAAGCUGUUUACCUGGAAUGAGCAGUCCAUUUAUCUAUUAGAACAGUUCCAUAAAGGUUUUCGGCAGAAAGUCAGGCUUUAGCAUGCGGACAAUUAAAAUUAUUAACGUUUUAGUACUCAUUUUCAAUAGUUUUAGUAUAUUUUAUUAUGUUUCCCCUGCUCCAUCUCCUAUCAUAAAGUUUCCAGGAGACAAAUCUCCAAAGACAGACGUGGAACUUGCUGCGCAAUACCUGAAUCAGUUUUAUGGCUGCCCUAAGGAAAAAUGUCACCUGAUGGUUCUUAAGGAUGCCCUAAAGAAAAUGCAAAGUUUUUUUGGUCUUCCUGAAACUGGGGAGUUUGAUCAAAAUACCAUUGAAACCAUGAAAAAGCCAAGAUGUGGGAACCCCGAUGUAGCCAACUAUAAUUUCUUUCCCAGGAAACCGAAAUGGGACAAAAACCAUCUGACAUACAGGAUUCUUGGUUAUACAACAGAUCUGGAUUCUGAAACAGUUGAUGAUGCUUUUGCACGUGCUUUUAAAGUUUGGAGUGAUGUCACACCAUUGGAAUUUAACAGAAUUCAUGAUGGAGAAGCAGAUAUCAUGAUCAAUUUUGGACGAUGGGAACAUGGUGAUGGAUAUCCAUUUGAUGGCAAAGAUGGACUUCUGGCUCAUGCAUUUGCACCUGGAUCAGGAGUUGGAGGCGAUUCCCAUUUUGACGAUGAUGAGCUUUGGACACUAGGAGAAGGCCAAGUUGUGAAAGUAAAGUAUGGUAAUGCAGAUGGAGAGUUCUGCAACUUUCCUUUCCUUUUUAAUGAUAAGGAAUACAACAGUUGCACUGAUUCUGGUCGCUCAGAUGGCUUCCUUUGGUGCUCCACUACAUAUGAUUUUGACAAGGAUGGGAAAUAUGGCUUUUGUCCACAUGAGUUGCUAUUUACCUUAACUGGUAACGCAGAAGGGAAGCCCUGCAAAUUUCCUUUUAAGUUUCAAGGCAACACAUACAACAGCUGCACCACUGAAGGGCGAACAGAUGGCUACAGGUGGUGUGCUACCACAGAAGACUAUGACAAGGAUAAGAUGUACGGCUUCUGUCCGGAAACAGCAUUGUCCACUGUUGGAGGAAAUGCUGAAGGUUCCCCAUGUGUCUUUCCUUUCACCUUCCUGGGAAACAAGUAUGAUUCGUGCACCAGCUCUGGUCGCAGUGAUGGAAAACUAUGGUGUGCAUCAAGCAGUAACUAUGAUGAUGAUCGCAAGUGGGGAUUCUGUCCUGAUCAAGGUUACAGUCUUUUCCUAGUAGCUGCUCAUGAAUUUGGUCAUGCUUUAGGACUAGAGCACUCUCAGGAUCCUGGAGCAUUAAUGGCUCCAAUUUAUACAUACAUAAAGAACUUUCGGCUUUCACAAGAUGAUAUUACUGGGAUUCAAGAACUCUAUGGUCAGGGAUCCAAGGAAAAACCAGGUCCUGGACCUAUCCCAACAAUGGGCCCUGUUACCCCUGAUCUGUGCUCUAAAGAUGUUGUACUUGAUGGCAUGUCUCAAAUAAGAGGGGAAACAUUCUUUUUUAAAGACAGAUUUAUAUGGCGCACUCCAAACAUAAGAAAUAAACCAUCAGGACCUCUACUUAUUGCUACCUUCUGGCCUGAGCUACCUGAUAAGAUUGAUGCUGUUUAUGAAGAACCUCAAGAAGAGAAGACUGUUUUUUUUGCAGGUAAUGAAUAUUGGGUCUACUCAUCAAGUACUUUGGAAAGAGGUUACCCAAAAAAGUUGACCAGUUUAGGACUACCUCCUGAUGUUGAUCGUGUUGAUGCUGCGUUCAACUGGAGCAAAAACAAAAAGACAUACUUCUUUGCUGGAGACAAGUUCUGGAGAUAUAAUGAAGUAAAAAAGAAAAUGGACACUGGUUUCCCAAAACUAAUUGCAGAUGCAUGGAAUGGUGUACCAGAUAAUUUAGAUGCUGUUCUAGAUCAAACCGGAAGUGGCUACAGCUACUUUUUCAAAGACUGGUAUUACUUUCAAGUUGAAGACAAAAGUGUGAAGAUUGUAAAGGUUGGCAAUGUCAAAAAUGACUGGCUACGCUGCUGAAAUAUAUUCAUUUAAUUACUCUGUAUUGCUUAACAUGAACUUUCAUACGUGUAUGGCAUUUUUAUAGCAUAAUAAACUAUUAUAAGGGACCAGUCUGGUACUGGUAUUUGGGGAGCAUACCAAGAUAUACUACAGUAACACUCAAACACUGCAUUUUUAAGAAUUUGUUCAUUCCAUUAGUUUUUUUCACUUGCUUGCUUAACUAUAGCUUUUAACUUCAUCUUAAAAUGUUUUUAUUAUUGUAAGCAGUGUGACAAUGAGUUAACUCCUGCUACUUUUUUAUAUUGACCUUAAUAAAUCAAAUCAAAUUUACUAACCCAUUUGUACAUAGGUACCGGCUGCCUAUACUGUACACUUUAAUAAUGCUAUGGAUUUUUGAGAGAAAACACUGAUAAGACCCCAUUUCUGUAAGUGCUUUCAAUUUUAUUCACCAAACUGCAGUGAGAGACUACAGUGCAAAAUUAAUCAACUAUUGUGUGCUGUUAUUUUCACACAGCUGUAUGUUAUCCAUAUUUCAAAAGAAAAUCUGUACAUCAUCAAAAGAACGUAUAUAAUUAUAACAUAAAAGAUAAACAUUCAAAGUGUCUAAUUUGUGCGCAAAAAGUAAAAUAAAUGGGCAAUUGUAGUUAUGCAUUGACAUUACUUUUUGGAAUGCUUUUAAGGGUAUUUAAAGUGUACCUGUCACCCAGACACAAAAAGCUGUAUAAUAAAAGUCCUUUUCAAAUUAAA